UAGGGAUUCAUUUGAGGCUCAAUUUGAAAAUCUGGGAAAUCUUUUUGAUACUCAUUGCCAAAGGAACCAUGUCAAGCAGCCCCGGUAAUACUUUCAUUCGUAAUUUGGAAACCACAAGUUUAAUCUUUAACACAGUUGUUCAUUAUUAGCGUAUAUAGUUUUUGCUGUAAAUAAUUAACCUAAAACCUUAACUGAAACGUGGCGUAAGACGAAAACGCUCAAAGUCAAGAUUAUCCCACAGGAGUGGAGGAACGGACGGACUGACGCACGUGCCUCUCCGGGUGCGCGGACGGUCCCUAAAAAAACGAAACGCUCCGGUGGGUUUCGGUGUCUCCCCCCCCUGCCCCUUCUUCCUUCCCCCACCCACGUCGCGUUCAAUCGACCGGUGGAAUUCGCGAGACGCAACGCGUUGCACACGCCCUCCGCGUCACGCGAGUGAGGAGUCGAGAGAGCGAAGAGGCUCCUCGCCGCUCGCGUCCGUCUCCUCCCCCGCGUCCACAGGCGCAGCGCCGCAGGGAGACAAUGAUCGCAGCGAGCUCCGCACGGAAGGUUGCGCAACUCGCCGCCCGCUUAUUGACGCACCGCUGAAGACCCUCGCGCGCAGGUAGGCUCACCUGAAAGGGAACCAGCGGCCCGUUCGGUCGUUCAGACACUCCUUUUUAAAAUGGACCAACAGAACCACAGUUGCCAUUACAAUGAGUCCAUGGGCUUUUUCUACAAUAACACCGGCGCUAAUGACCAAUGGGACAAAACCCUGCUCACCUUGGUGCAGGUGGUCGGCUCUCUCUUCUGCUGUUUCAUCCUGGUCUCCAACGCCAUGGUCAUAGCUGCUGUCAUCACCAAUAAGAGGUUUCACUAUCCCUUCUACUAUCUCCUGGCCAACCUUGCUGCCUCGGACUUCCUGGCGGGCAUAGCGUACGUGUACCUGAUGUUUAACACCGGUGAGGUGUCGCGGAAACUUACAGUUAAAGAAUACUUCAUCCGUCAAGGCCUUCUGGACAUCAGUCUCUCGGCCUCGCUGGCCAACCUGCUGGUAAUCGCUCUGGAGCGCUACAUCUCUGUCAUGAACUGGAGAGUCCACAGCAACCUGACAAAGAGGAGGGUGACCCUGCUCAUCGUGCUGGUGUGGGGCAUCUCCAUCUUCAUGGGCGCCGUGCCGAGUCUGGGCUGGAACUGCAUCUGCAACCUGAGCGACUGCUCUCAACUGGCCCCCAUCUUCAGCAGGAGCUACUUGAUCUUCUGGUCCGCAUCUAACCUGGUGUUGUUCCUCGUGAUAGUGGCCAUCUACACGAGGAUCUACACCUACGUCAAGAAGAAGACGGCGAUUCUCUCGCCGCACACCAGCGGCUCCAUCAACCGCAAGAGAACGCCCAUCAAGCUCAUCAAGACGGUCAUGGUUGUGCUCGGGGCCUUUGUGAUCUGCUGGACUCCCGGCCUGGUGGUGCUGCUCAUGGACGGCCUCAAAUGCGAGCGUUGUAACGUCAUGAAGUCGAAACAAGUGCUGCUGCUCUUGGCCGUGCUCAACUCCGUCAUGAACCCUUGCAUCUACUCCUACAAGGACGAGGAAAUGUGGACAACGUUCAAGAACCUCAUGCGCUGCAUCGGCAACGGCACGCGGCGGCAGCGGUCGACGAGGGCCAAUUCCAGGCCGCUCAGCUCUGGUCAGGAUACGGGCAACAGCAUCCGCACCUCAGAGGAGACCAAAAAUGAGGAUCAGGACAUGAUCAAGACUUGAAAGUGGAAAUGUCGUGUUGUCCGCUGAUUUAAAAGUGCAUUCUUGAAGAGACGCUUGCAGGCCAGCCUCCCCAGUGCUGUGAGCUGGUGAGAUAGAGAUGAGGCCUCAAUGCACUAGCAAUUCCCCAAACGGUAUUCUCUUAAGUUUUAUUCAGGACUUUACAGUUUUUGGGACACAAUACUCACGUCAGGGAUUCUGAGUUCCUGUAGCUGUCCCUCCGGUUCUUUUUGUCUUUUUCAAAAAGAACACCUCCCUGUGGGUUAUUUAAACUUGGACAUUCUGCAAAGCAUGACAGGAACCCAGUAUGAAGUCUAGACCACAUUUUUACUUUUACUUCCCAAAACAGUAAAAUCGUGCAACGGUCUGCUUAACUUUCUCCUGUAUAAACAUGUGUGUACAUGCGAUGGUCUCUAGGUUUGCUUCCUAUGUAGCUUUUUAGGAAGGGAUACUUAAAUGAAUAAUCUACUGUAGUUAGGACAUGUAACUUGUUUGUACUCCGGUACGUUAAAACCGUAGGUUUGCUUGUGCAGGGCACCGAUUUUAAGAAUAUUUCAAACACAACCGGCGACAAAUACUAUAAACUGCUGUAUUGUAUGUACUUGUACCUUGUGUAAAAAGGUCAUUUCAUCUGUAUGCAGCCAUUCAUUGUGCUCAGCAUGGUCUGAUCGUUUUGUCUGUCAUUUGCAAUUUAAAAUCUUGAAAAGGACACCCUGCUUUCUCUGCCAAGCGUUUCGGCUGUUGUUGAAGGAUUCCUUCUUUCUUGUCCUAUCUGCCAUCUUUUAUCAGUUCACAUCAAGAAACAGCCCGCAGAACCUCAUGGAGGCAAACUGGUUCUUCCCGCAGCAUUUUAACACACCUGCUUCUACUCGCUGAAUGGUUGCUGUGAUGUAAGAGCUGCUCACCUGACGGUGCAGGGGUAAUAAAGUGUUGCGACACACUAGAUUCUUGUGAGAAUUGUAGGAACAACCUGUGUACCUGCAGGAAUCCAAUAGCAUAUGACUGAAUUACUGUAACUAGACACACACGCAUGCCCCAACGCCCCCUCAGCACCAGACUGCUAAAUGAAUGACAGAAUUCAAAUGACUCCUCUUUAACCUGCUGAGCACUAUUUAUGCCACUCCUGCUGUAAAAGACUUGACAUCAUUAAAGCUAUUUUGUGUAUUUUUUUUCAAA